AUGCCGGAUUCUAUCGGAAGUGCUAGCGGAACAAGCAGCAAUAGUAAUUUGGAAAAAUCCCAACUUCAAGAGAAUACUCCACCCGGUGAAACCAGUCGUAUAAUUUCAUCUGAUGAGUCUCAACAACAACAAACUCAAUCACAACCUUCUCAGACAACAGCACAAGGUCAAGGACAGCAACGAUUCAAUGGUGCCAGUGAGAGUUCGAACUCAACACCACCGAGUAACUCCACAAACGACGGUGCUUCAUCUUCCUCGCGUUAUCAUGGCAGCAGCAGCAGCAACACAAAUUACCCCACUUCAAGGUCAACUGACCCUCACCUCCAACCCAAUGCAAUGGGAUCUAACUUUCCUCAAGACGCUUCCUCUUCUGUAACCCCCUCAUCCACCCCUCAGCCCCAUCCCACUCCUCUGUAUUCCCCUAGGCCUCCUUCAUAUUCUAUGUCUAGUAACAGACCCCCAUCUCCUCCAGCUCAAAGUCGAUUGACCGUGGAUCCCAGGAUGCCCUCCCAUUCUAUGCAGCAACAACCUACAGCCCAAGGUGGUCAACAUUUUUCUGACCAAUCCUAUGCGCCACCGCCUCCACCUCCUCUAGCCUCGUCUCAACAGGCUAUCUACGAUCAUCCUCUCUAUCCUCUUCUAAUGCUGAUCUUUGAGAAAUGCGAGCUUGCCACUUGUACGCCCCGUGAUAGAAGCAACUCGAGGACGUCAGCAGAUGGACUUCAACAGAACCCAAUGUCUACCGGUGAACCCACUGUAUGGUCUUCUGUCUCCUUUGACAAUGAUAUUCUAGCCUUUGCUGAGAAUUUCGCUCGAAGUAACAAGUCCACUCGCAGUGGCGAUAGCGAGAUCGAUUCUCUGAUACUCCAAGCUAUUCGCGUCCUUCGAGUUCAUUUGAUUGAAAUUGAAAAGGUCCACGAGUUGUGUGACAACUUCUGCGAGCGUUACAUCGCAUUUUUGCGCAACAGAAUGCCGACAGAUCUGAUGGUAGAAGACCGAGAGUCGGCAGGAUCAACAGGGUCAGCAAAUAGCCCACAGGCACCUCCUCCAUCGUCACACGGGGGUCAGAUGCGACCUCCCUACCUGCCACCAAGCAUGGAUCUUCACGGUCCAUCGAAUGAUGCCUUCUCAUCUCCCUAUGCUGCCAUGUACUCAGAGGAUCCACAUAGGCGGUACCCAUCGGGCUACCCUGACCAAUCCGCCGCUCACCACCCAUUUUUCGAGAGCCAAGCUGCUGCGGCAGCAGCUGUGGCCUAUCAAGCGAGUAUGAUGGGUCAGUUGCGGCCCCCGUUUCAAUCAACAGAUGUUCUGCCCUCUUCAUCAAACCCCGCAUAUCCCACCUCAACACUUUUAGCUGAACACCAUCAGCUACACCAUCAACAAAUGGCUGGGGUUCCUUUUGGAAGUGGAGGAGGUGAUCGAGUGGGGAUGUAUAGCAAGAACAGUACCAAUGGAGGUGGAAACAUUCCAAUGAAUGCGGGAGGUGGUGGUGGGGGUUAUUCACAUCAUCACCACUCCCAUCAGCAACAUCACCUAGGAGACGCCCUAUCGAUCAAUACGUCCAUUGGAGGAAGUGAUCCAGUCUCAACAGCGGCCGCAGCAGCGGCGUCAGCAGCUGCUCAAUUCGGCUUGAAGCAUUCACCAGCACUGCCAGGCAGUGGAAGCAGUCGCAAAUCCUCGGACACUGAGGAUACCGCUCACGGAAGUCCCUCAAACCUCGAUGGGUCCAGAAGUGGCAGUCGGGGAGGGAUCAGUGUUCAUUCUCGAUCUGAAAGUGGCUUAACUCCCGCUUCUAUGCAUCUCAAUGGCACGGCUUCUCAUCAAUCCUCACGCUAUCAUCCGUCUUCGAUUGGACCCCACGACAUGAGCAGUGAAGCUGGCGAUGGCUUCGCAAAAUCUAUCGGAUCAGCAGAGAAUCUAGAUGACUUCGACGACGAUAAGUCUACAAAGCGCCAGAAAAAGCGAGGAAUCUUUCCCAAGGCUGCUACAAAUACUAUGAGGGCUUGGCUAUUCCAACACCUUUCUCAUCCAUAUCCAUCGGAAGAGCAAAAGAAACAAUUAUCCUCUGAGACAGGGUUAACGAUACUCCAGGUCAAUAACUGGUUCAUCAAUGCAAGACGGCGAAUUGUACAACCGAUGAUCGAUCAAUCAAACAGAUCAGGCCCUCUAGGAUAUUCAACUGACCCCCCUGGACGCGUUUCUUACAUGGAUAACCAACAUUUUGCCGCUUAUGGUCAACCAGAGUUUUCUCAAAAUUCAGGACUGUAUGCAGCUCUGGCAGCCGCAGCUGUGAGUGGUGGAAUGAUGGAUGGACGAGGUUUGAUGGGUACGACGUCAAGUCCGGAUUUGCCAGGACCCGUUAGCAACGGAGCCCCAACUGGUGACCCUUCCUCUUCUUACGCUCCUUCCUCCUACCGAUAUCCAUCACACUCAGGUUAUUCCGGGGGUCACCCAACCCCAGGAGCAUUCACAUCUUCCGGUCAGCCUUCAGUAGGUUCAAUGAGAGGUUCGCCAGUUUCUUCAGGAUACUCCCCACCUGCUCAAUUUCGUCCAACACAAAAUGGAUCAAUUAUAGGUGGGGGAUAUGGAAACUUUUACGGAGGUCAAGAAUCCCAGCAAAGUCAACACCUCAGGAGACAGACCUCUUUUGGUGGUGAUUUAGGAGUAAAUACUGCUACUAAUAAUGGACCUGCAGCAGCUGGUAGUAGUGAGAGUGGAGGAUCAUUCGGUAGUGGUGUGGGAAGUGCGAGUAGUGGCAGUGGAGCUGCAGAUGGAAAUGCCUCAGCAUUCGUGUCUCAGCAUCAUCACCAUCAUCACCAUCAGCAUUCUGACUCGGGGCCCUUACAACAGGAUAUUCACGCUACCUAG